GGCGGCGGGCCGGGGAUGACAUCAGCGGGCGGGCCCGGGGCUCAAUGGGAGCCGGCGGGCGCGCGCCGGGCGGGAGCGCGCGAGCCGGCGGCGGGGGCAGUCGGGCAGGAGGGCCCGGAGGAAGGAGGAGGCGGCGGCGGCGGCGGCGUUGUUGAGAGCGCAGAGCCUGAGCCCGGCCGGGGCGAGCCGAGCGGAGCGCGGCGGCGGCGGCGGCGGCGGCGGCUGGGCCGGGAGAGGCUGGCGCGCCGGGCGGCUCUGCGAAUCCUCCGGCAUCCGCCCCGGCGGGCCGCCCCCGCCCGCGGCAGCCCCCCGAGCAGCGGCCCGGCACCGGCGCCUUCCCGGCGGGGUGCCAACAUCGCCUCUGGUGAAGAAGUUGCCAUCAAGCUCGAGUGUGUAAAAACGAAGCACCCGCAGCUGCACAUCGAGAGCAAGUUCUACAAGAUGAUGCAGGGGGGAGUGGGAAUCCCGUCCAUCAAGUGGUGCGGGGCCGAGGGUGACUACAACGUGAUGGUCAUGGAGCUGCUGGGGCCCAGCCUCGAGGACCUCUUCAACUUCUGCUCCCGCAAGUUCAGCCUCAAGACGGUGCUGCUCCUGGCCGACCAGAUGAUCAGCCGCAUUGAGUACAUCCACUCCAAGAACUUCAUACACCGGGACGUCAAGCCCGACAACUUCCUCAUGGGGCUGGGGAAGAAGGGCAACCUGGUGUACAUCAUUGACUUCGGCCUAGCCAAGAAGUACCGGGACGCCCGCACCCACCAGCACAUCCCCUACCGGGAAAACAAGAACCUGACUGGCACUGCCCGCUAUGCCUCCAUCAACACCCACCUGGGCAUCGAGCAAAGCCGUCGAGAUGACCUGGAGAGUCUGGGCUACGUGCUCAUGUACUUCAACCUGGGCUCCCUGCCCUGGCAGGGCCUCAAAGCGGCCACCAAGCGCCAGAAGUAUGAGCGGAUCAGCGAGAAGAAGAUGUCGACGCCCAUCGAGGUCCUCUGCAAAGGCUACCCCUCUGAGUUCUCAACAUACCUCAACUUCUGCCGUUCGCUGCGGUUCGACGACAAGCCCGACUACUCCUACCUGCGCCAGCUCUUCCGCAACCUCUUCCACCGUCAAGGCUUCUCCUACGACUACGUCUUCGACUGGAACAUGCUCAAAUUCGGGGCUUCCUCGAGCCAGGCUCAGCCCCGUGACCGCGAAGCUAUUGCACUGCCCCGUCCCCGCCCCUGUCCCUGUGCCGGGCCCACGUACCCAUCCACGUACUGGUGCCCGGCGCCCCUGGGCACCCAGGACCCUCCAGGUAGGCCCGUGGAGGAGGUGGAGGAGCUGCCCCCCACAAACUACUGGCCUGCGGUCUGGACUCCAGGGCCCCAGUUCUGACAUCACCAGGUGUGCCUGAGCCCAUCAGGGUCAGGCCCGAGGAGACAUCCCUUGGCAUGGUGGGGGUACCGUGGAAAGGGCAUGGUGGAGAAGGCCCUGCUGCGAGAUUCUUGGAGACAGAUCAGCUGCCUGAUGAACAGAGCCUGAAGGAGGGACGAUGUUCACUGCCCUGGAGGGCCUGAUGGCAACGGGCACCAGGAGCAGCCUCAGCCAGACCCUGUUGGCAGCCUCUGUAUUGAACCUGAACUCCUUAAACGCCCCAUCUGUACCGCGUUUCAUCAUGGCGUGCCUCUUUUCUUGGUGGGUGCCCUUGGCCCACUCCACCAGAUGCUCAGAACCGAGGCCUUGUUCUUCUGGACACCGGGAUCGGCACUUGGUCUUGUGCUCCUCCUCUCUCUGGCUCUCAGGCAGUGGCCUGGUACUCUUCCCUAAGGAGCUGGGCAGAGGAUGGGGGUCCCACAGGCCAAAGGACCCCGUGGAGUGGGAGAUGGGCAGUGGGGCACCUUUCACCCCAGACCUUCCGUCUGGGAGCACAGCCAAGGGCCCGGGGCCAGCUCUUCUCGCCCCAGGGCACUGCUCAGGGCACUGGGCACCCACUCAUUCAUGUAGAAAAUUGUUCCUGAGUCUGGUUCUGGGCUGAGUUUGGCCCUUCCUCUCAGUACAGCUCCAAGAAUGGAUUUUGCAUUGUCUAGGCCUAUGCCCUCCAGUGUGGUAGCCACUGGCUACAUGUGGCUAAUUUUUAAUUAAAGUUAAUUAAAGCUGGAAACGUACUUCCUCAGUUGCAUUUGCUACAUGUAACGUUCUCAGGAGCCACAGUGGCCGCUGUGCCCAGCAAGGCGAAUGUGAGCACAUCUAUCAUCACAGAAAGUUCUGUGGGACCCACUACCAGAUGGCUCCCCACAGAGCCUCUCACAGGACCAUCAGCUGACAAGACCUCGCCUCACGCCAGGCUGGGAGCACCCUCUCCAGCCACUGCUGGCACCCUGACCCCUUCCUGGGGUUCCCUCUGAGGCAGGCCUUGGAGUCGGAAGCUGAGCAGAGGUGCCAACAGCCUUACCCUGCACCGGUCUCUGACUUGAGGGCCAUCAGACUGGAUAAUUGGGCACCUUUGACCCCAUCACCACCGUGGUGAGCUUGACCACCUCCAGCUGCUGCUGGCAGAAGCAUCUGCAGACACACAAUGGAGACCUUCCACACUUUCACCUCGAGGCCAAGCCCCUCCCACAUCACCCCUCCUCCCCCCUUUGCAAGAAGCCUUCACCAGCACCUUCAGCCGACUGGACCCCAUGCUGGGCUCCGUGGGCUGUAGACUUUUCUGUGGGAAGGAUCCUCCCUUGACUGAGAACUUCCCUCCUUGGAGAGGCCACCGUGUAUCAUUUGGCAUCAAGGUCCUGGGAUCCCCGGAUACCUGGAGCCUGGGAUGCUACUCAGCACACACAGCCACUGUGCUCCCAGGUCCAACUAGCUGACCAGGUGGAAAUUCGACACAGCCGAGGACAAGGGUCCACACGACACGGGUGAUUGCUUGUGUGGCUUUAAUGUUGACCUUUUGUGUUUUCUCGUGGGCAAAUAAAAGCCAAGAGACCUCCCUGGUGUGCGUUUCUUUAGGCAUCACUUGGGUUGGAUAGAAACAAGGAGAGUAGCUCACCUCCUCCUGCCACAGGGCUGGUGUUGGCCUGAGCCUGCUGAGGUCACAGAGGGCAGGAGCUCUGGCCCUCUGCUCAGCCACGGUCCCUGGGCUGUGUACCGCUGAGGGAAUCACUUGGCUUCACUGAGCCUCAGUUUCCCCAACCAGGGAGUAAGUUCAUACCUGCCUUGUAGGGUGGCUGGGCCCUCCGCCCAUGGGAUGUUGAACGAGUGGUGCUGCCACUCUUAUCAUAGGUUUCUCUGUGCUCCUUGCUGGGUCGUUCUCUGUGCUGAUCUGUACCUGAGUGGGUGGGAGCCCGGGGUGAGAACUGGAGGUCGGGAGAUGGGGACUGGUGCUUCCAGGCCUGCCUGGACAGGCUUGUGGGUGGGAGGACUAGGAAGGUGCAUCCCUAGAAUGUUCUGCUAAGUCCUCUGGGGGUGCAGAGAGCAGAGCAGGACUGGGUGGCAGAGGCCUGGGUUAACACCCCAGCUCUGCCCUGAGCUGUGUGGCCCCAGGAGGGUCAUGAGGCCUCUCUGGGCCUUGGUUCUUCCGUAGGAUGCAGGGAUCAUUCUGCUCCCCAGCCACUACCUCCCGGUGUUGCUUAAAGUCAAGGGCCGCCCCCACCCCAUCUCCCAAGGACAGUGGGGCCUCCUGGGCCAGUUCUCUGAGAGACAGGGCUGCAGGAGCUCACACCCUGUGGCCCAUGAGCAGGCCCCCGGCUCAGC